AGUCUCUGACACACCGAUGGAAUUCAUGGUGGAUUUCUUAACCAAAGCCAAGGAGAUAGCAGAUAGCAAUGCCAACAUUCCAGAGGAACUGAGGGUCAACCUACAGAAGGCCCUGGACAUAGCGUGUGGUCUAGACGGCUACCUGGAGAAAAUGAGUAGCCAGGAAAGUGCACCUCUUGCUGAGCUGUAUAAGUGAGUAUUUCCCUUGUCUGUCCCACAGACACAGUUCACAUGGAUGGUUUCUCAUGCACAUUUCUUACUUAAACUCAUAUGGAUGUGUAGGAAAACAAUGGAACACAACUGGGAUAAAGUAUUCGAGGAGGGCAAGACUCAGUUUCGGCUUCCAAAAGAGUGCAUCACUGGGCUUGUGGAAGGUGAGACAUCUCUAUUGGGUACAGUUGUGUGGAUGGUUGGUUAGAGAGAUGCAUAUUUUAAGAAGUGCUAAAUAUUUGUCUUGAUGUUUCAUUGGCAGGCCAGACUCUGAAAAUGCUGGUCCACAUGAGUAAAGCCAAGAGGAUCCUAGAGAUAGGCAUGUUCACAGGGUAUGGUGCACUCUCAAUGGCUGAAGGACUGCCCCAGGAUGGUUCACUUGUUGCCUGUGAGCUUGAGCAAUAUCUUAAAGAAUUUGCUAAGCCCAUAUUUGACAGGUCUCCACAUGGCAAGAAGAUAACGGUGAAGAUUGGUUCUGCCAUGGAUAGCUUGAAGGUGACUAACUACAUGUUGUGUAACUACAUUGAUUAAGUUUAGCCUGCAGUGAUUACACAUGUUGGUCUACUUGAUUAAUAACCACAUCAUAUAGUUACAUGCAUAUACAAUGCAAACCAAAUCACUUAUGGUAACAAAACUAUUUGUUAGUGUAAUAAAUAUGAUGAGUAUAAUAAAUAGCCAGUGAGAUGCAUGUAUGCAUGUAUGCAUGUAUGCAUGUAUGCAUGUAUGCAUGUAUGUAUGCAUGUAUGCAUGCAUGCAUACAUACAUACAUACAGUGAUGGAAAAAAGUAUUUGAUCCCCUGCUGAUUUUGUACGUUUGCCCACUGACAAAGAAAUGAUCAGUAUAUCAUUUUAAUGGUAGGUUUAUUUGAACAGUGAGAGACAGAAUAAAAAACAAAAAAAUCCAGAAAAACGCAUGUCAAAAAUGUUAGAAAUUGAUUUGCAUUUUAAUGAGGGAAAUAAGUAUUUGACCCCUCUGCAAAACAUGACUUAGUACUUGGUGGCAAAACCCUUGUUGGCAAUCACAGAGGUCAGACGUUUCUUGUAGUUGGCCACCAGGUUUGCACACAUCUCAGGAGGGAUUUUGUUCCACUCCUCUUUGCAGAUCUUCUUCAAGUCAUUAAGGUUUCGAGGCUGACGUUUGGCAACUCGAACCUUCAGCUCCCUCCACAUAUUUUCUAUGGGAUUAAGGUCUGGAGACUGGCUAGGCCACUCCAGCACCUUGAUGUGCUUCUUCUUGAGCCACUCCUUUGUUGCCUUGGCCGUGUGUUUUGGGUCAUUGUCAUGCUGGAAUACCCAUCCACGACCCAUUUUCAAUGCCCUGGCUGAGGGAAGGAGGUUCUCACCCAAGAUUUGACGGUACAUGGCCCUGUCCAUCGUCCCUUUGAUGCGGUGAAGUUGUCCUGUCCCCUUAGCAGAAAAACACUCCCAAAGCAUAAUGUUUCCACCUCCAUAUUUGACGGUGGGGAUGGUGUUCUUGGGGUCAUAGGCAGCAUUCCUCCUCCUCCAAACACGGCGAGUUGAGUUGAUGCCAAAGAGCUCGAUUUUGGUCUCAUCUGACCACAACACUUUCCUCCCAGUUCUCCUCUGAAUCAUUCAGAUGUUCAUUGGCAAACUUCAGAUGGGCAUAUAUAUGUGCUUUCUUGAGCAGGGGGACCUUGCGGGCGCUGCAGGAUUUCAGUCCUUCACGGCGUAGUGUGUUACCAAUUGUUUUCUUGGUGACUAUGGUCCCAGCUGCCUUGAGAUCAUUGACAAGAUCCUCCUGUGUAGUUCUGGGCUGAUUCCUCACCGUUCUCAUGAUCAUUGCAACUCCAUGAGGUGAGAUCUUGCAUGGAGCCCCAGGCAGAGGGAGAUUGACAGUUCUUUUAUGUUUCUUCCAUUUGCGAAUAAUCGCACCAACUGUUGUCACCUUCUCACCAAGCUGCUUGGCGAUGGUCUUGUAGCCCAUUCCAGCCUUGUGUAGGUCUACAAUCUUGUCCCUGACAUCCUUGGAGAGCUCUUUGGUCUUGGCCAUGGUGGAGAGUUUGAUUGCUUGCUUCUGUGGACAGGUGUCUUUUAUACAGGUAACAAGCUGAGAUUAGGAGCACUCCCUUUAAGAGUGUGCUCCUAAUCUCAGCUCGUUACCUGUAUAAAAGACACCUGGGAGCCAGAAAUCUUUCUGAUUGAGAGGGGGUCAAAUACUUAUUUCCCUAAUUGAAAUGAAAAUCAAUUUAUAACAUUUUUGACAUGUGUUUUUCUGGAUUUUGUUGUUGUUAUUCUGUCUCUCACUGUUCAAAUAAACCUACCAUUAAAAUUAUGGACUGAUCAUUUCUUUGUCAGUGGCCAAACGUACAAAAUCAGCAGGGGAUCAAAUACUUUUUUCCUUCACUGUAGAUACAUACAUGCAUGCAUACAUGCAUACAUACAGUACCAGUCAAAUGUUUGGACACACCUACUCAUUCCAGGGUUUUUCUUUAUUUUUAACUAUUUUCUAAAUUAUAGAAUAAGAGUGAAGACAUCAAAACUAUGAAAUAACACAUGGAAUCAUGGAGUAACUAAAAAAGUGUUAAAUCAAAAUAUAUUUUAUAUUUGAGGUUCUUCAAAUAGCCACCCUUUGCCUUGAUGACAGCUUUGCACACUCUUGGCAUUCUCUCAACCAGCUUCACCUGGAAUGCUUUUCCAACAGUUUUGAAGGAGUUCCCACAUAUGCUGAGCACUUGUUGGCUGCUUUUCCUUCACUCUCUGGUCCAACUCAUCCCAAACCAUCUUAAUUAGGUUGAGGUUGGGUGAUUGUGGAGGCCAGGUCAUCUGAUGCAGCACUCCAUCACUCUCCUUCUUCGUAAAAUAGCCCUUAGACAGCCUGGAGGUGUGUUGGGUCAUUGUCCUGUUGAAAAACAAAUGAUAGUCCCACUAAGCCCAAACCAGAUGGGAUGGCAUAUUGCUGCAGAAUGCUGUGAUAGCCAUGCUGGUUAAGUGUGCCUUGAAUUCUAAAUAAUUCACAGACAGUGUCACCAGCAAAGCUACCCCACACCAUCACAUCUCCUCUUCCAAAAAUCUCAAAUAAGGACAGAUUUCCACCAGUCUAAUGUCUUUUGCUCAUGUUUCUUGGCACAAGCAAGUCUCUUAUUAUUGGUGUCCUUUAGUAGUGGUUUCUUUGCAGCAAUUCGACCAUGAAGGCCUGAUUCACGCAGUCUCCUCUGAACAGUUGAUGUUGAGAUGUGUCUGUUACUUGAACUCUGUGAAGCAUUUAUUUGGGCUGCAAUUUCUGAGGCUGGUAACUCUAAUGAACUUAUCCUCUGCAGCAUUGUUAACUCUGGUUCUUCCAUUCCUGUUGCGGUCCUCAUGAGAGCCAGUUUCAUCAUAGCGCUUGAUGGUUUUUGCGACUGCACUUGAAGAUACUUUCAAAGUUCUUUACAUUUUCCGGAUUGACUGACCUUCAUGUCUUAAAGUAAUGAUGGACUGUCGUUUCUCUUUGAUUAUUUGAGCUGUUCUUGACAUAAUAUGGACUUUCUUCUGUAUACCCCCCUACCUUGUCACAACACAACUGAUUGGCUCAAACCCAUUAAGAAGGAAAGAAAUUCCACAAAUUAACUUUUAACAAGGCACAUCUGUUAAUUGAAAUGCAUUCUAGGUGACUACCUCAUGAAUCUGGUUGAGAGAAUGCCAAGAGUGUGCAAAGCUGUUAUCAAGGCAAAGAGUGGCUAUUUGAAGAAUCUCAAAUAUAAAAUAUAUUUUGAUAUAACACCUUUUUGGUUGCUACAUGAUUCCAUGUGUGUUAUUUCAUAGUUUUGAUGUCUUCACUAUUAUUCUACAAUGUAAUUUUUUUUUUUUUUAAUAAAGAAAACCCCUUGAAUGAGUAGGUGUGUCCAAACUUUUGACUGGUGCUGUAUAUAUAGCAACCAUUACCCCUGUUAAUUGAAUGACUGGCAGGAGUAAAAGGCUAUACACUGUAUCAGUAUAUCAAGCUCAUUGACAGUGAAUGGUCCAGCUCUCUUUUAAUAUUGUCUAUUUUGAAAGGAAUUGGCUGCGGCAGGUGAGCAGUUUGACAUGGUCUUCAUCGACGCAGACAAGAACAACUACAUCAACUACUACAAGUUGAUUCUGGACCAUAACCUCCUACGGCUGAGUGGUGUGAUAUGUGUGGAUAACUCUCUGUUUAAGGCUAAGGUCUACCUAGAGGACACCGCUGAUGAAAACGGAUUGGCGCUUCGGGAUUUUAACCAGUUUGUGAUGAGUGAUCCUCGUGUGGAGCAGGUCAGUGGAGAGACAUGGCUUGUAAUCUGUCUGAUUCUUUCUGUGUGUUUUCUCCUGUGUUAAUAAAGAAGUGUUUGCUUUUUUAAGGUCAUUGUCCCUCUCAGAGAUGGCAUCAGCAUCAUCCGCAGAGUACCUAUGUCAACAGCAUGUGCAGGCACACAGGUAACAUAAGACAUCCUCAGUCGGAACCACACUUAGGAAUUUUCUUGUCAGAUUUUACUUUUAGCACUGACACUACCAUUGUUGUCAUUGACAGCGGUAGUUACUACCAUGAGUCAAAUGGUGACUUUACAGUGCUUAAAAGUUCAUACAGACUUUUUCCCUUCUCACUUAUAACUCGUUUGUGUUUGACUUGUCUCAGAGCAAGAUAACAGACGAUGAGGUAUUCCGGGGUUUGAACGGGAGGUCGAUCCUGGACCGGAUGCGUCUGGACGGCAGGGUGGCCUAUGUGACAGGGGCAGGCCAGGGUAUAGGCAGGGCGUUCGCACAUGCCCUGGGAGAGGCUGGGGCCAAAGUGGCUGUGGUAGACCUGGAACAAGGGAAGGCUGAGGGCGUGGCAGAGGAGCUCACACUGAAAGGUAAGGCUUUGGCAUUAGAGCACACCACUAUGAUUGUUACAAUGCUGGAUUUUCAUAUUAACCUUCCAUGUACUGCCAGCAGAUGGUGCUCUACUGUCAAGGAAAUACUGUAUAUCAUGGUUCCCCAAUUAGCGGGCCAAGAUUUUAUUUGGCCCCCCAAGUUUUAUUCCCCCCCCCCCCCUGCUUUUGCCCUCAGAACAGGCUCAAUUCGUCGGGGGAUGGACUCUACAAGGUGUCAAAAGCGUUCCACAGGGAUGCUGGCCCAUGUUGACUCCAAUGUUUCCCACAGUUGUCAAGUUGGCUGGAUGUAUUUGGGUGGUGGACCAUUUUUGAUACACAUGGGAAACUGUUGAGCGUGAAACCCAGCAGCGUUGCAGUUCUUAACACAAACCGGUGCGCCUGGCACCUACUACCUACCAGACCACGUUCAAAGGCACUUAAAUAUUUUCUUUCCCAUUCACCCUCUGAAUGGCACACAUACACAAUCCAUGUCUCAAGGCUUAAAUUAUUUAACCUGUCUCCUCCCCUCAUCUACACUGAUUGAAGUGGAUUUAACAGGUAACAUUAAUAAGGGAUCAUAGCUUUCACCUGGAUUCACCUGGUCAGUCUGUCAUGGAAAGAGCAGGUGUUCCUAAUGUUUUGUACACUCAGUGUAUGCGAUCGUAUACAAACAUAAGCAAGGUUUGAAAUGAUUGCUUUAGUGAAAUAUUAUAUCUGUUUGGGCUUCUUGCGGUCAAUUUGCAGUCUACAAAUUAUUUUUAAUUAUGUUCUGGUCCCCUGACCCUCCGCUCAAGAAAACAUAUUUUGCAUAUGAAGACACAAAUGAAUGAUAAUAUCAAUAAUUCCAAACUUCAGUCUUUAAAAGGCUAGACAUGUUGCCUAUUAUUGCAUUUUAAACAGCCACUACUUUCUAAUCCAGGGAUAAAUUGCAUUGCGAUUACUGCUGACAUCAGCAAAUCGGUGGAUGUUGAGAGGAUGAUUGACAGCAUUGUGUCCAAAUGGGGAGCGAUCCAAAUAGCAUGCAACAACGCAGGGAUCAACAUGAACUCAGCCAGUGAAGACACCAGUCUGGAAGAGUGGGACCAAACCUUUGAUGUCAACUUGAGGGGGACCUUCAUGUGUUGUCAGGUGUGUGAUUUCUCUGCUGUAUUCUGUUGUAAGCCUAGGCCGCCUGUAGGGGGUGCUAGAUCUGCACUAUCUAGGAUUGAUGUGCCCAGCCAGUAAUACACUCGUGUCCCUCGUGGACCGGCUGAAUGCGGUGCGCGACAUCCUAAGUUAAAAUGGUGGUGGAAAAUUGUUUUAUUAAGAUGGUACACAUAUUUUUCCAGUUUUUAUUUUCAACGGCCCGCCAUUAAAGGUAGUUAAAAAGGAAAAUGAUGCCUUUGCAGCCUGAAUGGAGGAUGCUUUAUGUACGAGCCGGUCCACGGAGGACACAAGUGUAUUACCGGUUGGGCACAUCAAUCCUAGAUAGCGCAGAUCUAGCGCCCACUAUCGGCUGCGGGGCGGCAGGUAGCUUAGUGGGUAAGAGCGUUGUGCCAGUAACCGAAAGGUCGCUGGUUCUAAUCCCCGAGCCGACUAGGUGAAAAAUCUGUCGAUGUGCCCUUAAGCAAGGCACUUAACCCUAAUUGCUCCUGUAAGUCGCUCUGGAUAAGAGCGUCUGCUAAAUGACUAAAAUGUAAAUGUAGGCUAGCAUGCUACUGUAGGCCUGUGUGAUCUAUUUCAUUACUCAGAGGAUCAUACCAGUGGCGUAGGCCUGUCUGGAAAAUGGGAAACAUGUACAGUAGUUUGCACUUCAGUUGCAUAUCUAACAGUUUUGGGUAGGGAAUGUUUGACAUGUAAGAUACACAUGGAAUAUAUGAUAUUUUGAGUUAGGGUCUUUGAGUUAGUAUGAAUAAUAAUGAAAAGUGUAUAAAUAGGGUGUCAGUACUAAAAGUGUGAUGAAUGUUUCUAAUAUGUGCCCAUUCCCCCUGAAUUCUUGCCUCAGGCUGCAGGUCGUGUGAUGCUGAAGCAAGGAUAUGGGAAGAUUAUUAACACAGCAUCCAUGGCCAGUCUAAUAGGUGAGUGAAUAUUCUAUCUAUCCUGUAUGUUUCCUUUAGAUUUCAUCAACGUUUUAGAGGGAGAAUGUCUUCUUUUCAUCUCCAUGUAUUGUGAAUAAAGUGAUGAGUAAUGAGAUUAGCUUUGUUGCUGCAUUGAUAUGUCUCCUACAGUACACUGAGAAGUACAGUAAUGUAAUACUCAUCACAGUGCUUUUGUGCACCAGAACAUAAUUGUAUACAGUUUGUUUCUAUAAUGUUGCAAACAGACUUCAUUGUGCUUGGUAUUCUACGGUCUUGCCAUUUCAGUGUAUUUUAGUGAACUGAAAAUGACAGAGGAGGAAACUUGGUGACCCAUUUCUCAGAUGCAAUCUUAUUGUUUAAAAGUAUAAUUGCUACUACUGCUAAUCUUCACCAUAUAACUGUUUAUUCAGGACAAUGCUAUAGUAAUUCAUCCACCCACAUUAUUCUCCCGCUGCAAACAGUUAGUUGUGAUUGCUGCUCAUCAAGGCAGUUUUGCAUCAUAAUAAACAUCCAUCUCCUGAGCUCUGGGGAGGAAGUGCCAGGAAGGCAACCUGAGGUCCAACAUGUAAAGGGGCUUCCUGUGCAACAACCCUGUCUGCCUUUGUCAAGGGCUGUGUUUAAGCAGCAGAAGAUGCUUUUAGAAUGCAUUGUGAAAUUUGAGUUAUUCACAGCCCAGUGUAAAUCCUCCUACAGGUUCCUCCAGAGGAACAGUAACACUUAAUCAGCAAUAUAGUCAAAUCGCCAAUAAACUGCUGCACCAUAUGGGCCUGAGUCCCAACUGCAGGGGCAAUCUGAAAAACAGGGCCAUGCUGGUAAAUAGAGGCCUGCAUAACAAUUUGAUCAAUUACACACACAAUGUGAAGUCCUGCAGGAAUUUACUUUAUUGUACUGGACAUCUGUUAUAAUAUUGUCAUAAUGCAUAAUCAGAUGGGACCUGUUCUAGCCAAGUAGGGUACCAAAAAGCAGCCGUGAAUGUCCAUUUAAAAUGCUCAAUGACAGCUUUUUGUCCAUCUGCUGAAUAAAAUGUGUUUUUCCCCUCCCCUGUACAUCACAAGAGAAUGAUGGUAGGCCACACAGAAGGAAGAGCAUUACAAGUAUUUUUACAUGCUAACAAACUCUAAUAUUUAUUUUCCAUGCUGUUUGGCUGUAUUGGAGAGUAGAUGUAAAGAAUUUGACCUGACUGAGGAGGAUAGAGGGAAUCAUGACAGUGUUACGCUCAUUCAGCCAUCUUUACUUCCUAUCUGUCCUGAGGACUUGAGUACGUGUAGGCCUGUCUGAUGAAAAGGGCUUGUUUCCCCCCACAUAGAAUGGGCAAUAAGUAGCAGGGGGAAUGUUUAAGGAGGGUUUUAGACAGUGCUCUCUUUCUGCCUCUUUCUCCCUCUCUAAGGAUUACUACUCUUAAAGACGGAAAACAUCAAUGCAGGUUUAUUUGAAGGAUGAACGCCUGUUUUGAAUGGUAUUUUGGAGCUGUAUCAUCAGGUCUUCAGUGAGGAUUAGCGCUGUUAGGCUUUUUUAGCUGUGUUUCCUGUCCUGAUAAAUUGGCUUUCACCUUCAAUCUGGGUGUAAGCCCUGGGCUCUGCUCCUCCUCACAUGCGCCUCCUCUCCUCCUAGGCUGGGGUCCUACCCAAGGGCCUGCACAUCCUCCUCAGCCUCCUCACUCCAUCAUGGAAGCAUCCUUUAUCCGCUUCUCUCCUCACAUCAGCUCUUUUCCUUUCUAAACAAACAAGGGACAGUGAAUCUCUGGUCCAGUCUGUCUCCCCAGGACCAGCCCCUGCCGCUCUGUAGCUGUCAUAUUUAUUCUCUCUGUUCCGACCGAAGCAAUUUGGCAGUGAGAUCAAGGGGCGACGAGGUAACUACUAAAGUUGUAUGUAACUUGGAGGCUUCCCUGUGAUGAUUAAUCAACCAGAGGAAAAUGAGCCGCUGUCCCAGCAUCCCAUGCAUUGUGCAGCAUCUGUGAUGGUCAAGGCAAACAAAUGGUGUGUUGCCUUUGUUGCUGAAGACGGAGCGUAACUGGACAUUACAAGCAAUUAAUUUGACAUGGCUUCAUCCACGGGGUCCCCAAUAGCUAAUGGAGGUGUUUUCAUGUAGCAUGCAGUAGAAACCAGGGAGAUGAGUUAUGAUUGAAAUUAAGUAAUGCAUUGAAUUAAUAAUAUGCAGGGGUACGCUCAGAGAACGUCUAUAUUGUAAUCUGUGUUUCAUGGUUAUUAGAGGGGUAAGGUUAGUCUUUUAGACAUUGAGUGCAGUUUUAUAUGGUCUGGGAUAAAACAGUUGACGUUGGUGUCUUUGUUCUUUUGUCUGUUUGUUAGGUAUACUGCACUGUUGGAGCUAGAAACAUAAGCAUUUCGCUGCACCUGCAAUAACAUCUGCAAAAUCCAGUGCUUUCAGAAAGUAUUCAUACCCCUUAACUUAUUCCACAUUUUGUUGUUACAGCCUGAAUUCAAAAUGGAUUAAAUAGAUUUCUCCCCACCCAUCUACACACAAUAACCCAUAAUGACAAAGUGAAAACAUGUUUUGAGAAAUGUUAGCACAUUUUAUUUAAAAUGAAAUACAGAUAUCUAAUUUACAUAAUUAUUCACACCCCUGAGUCAAUACUUUGUAGAAGCAACUUUGACGGCGAUUACACUUUGAGUUGUCUCGGGUAUGUCUGUAUAAGCUAUACACAUCUGGAUUUGGGGAUUUUCUUCCUUGCAGAUUUUCUCUGUAGCUCAGCUGGUAGAGCACGGCGCUUGUAACGCCAAGGUAGUGGGUUCGAUCCCCGGGACCACCCAAACACAAAAAUGUAUGCACGCAUGACUGUAAGUCGCUUUGGAUAAAAGCGUCUGCUAAAUGGCAUAUUAUUAUUUAUUAUUAUUAUUAUUAUUAUUCUCAAGCUCUGUUAAGUUACAUGGGGAGCAGCGGUGAACAGCAAUCUUCAAGUUUUUCCACAGAUUUCCAAUGGGAUUAAGUCUGGGCUUUGGCUGGGCCAUUCAAGGACUUUCACAUUCUUGUUCUGAAGCCAUUCCAGUGUUGCUUUGGGUCAUUGUCCUAUUGGAACGUAAAUCUUCCCCCAGUCUAAAUUCGUUUACACUCUGAAGCAGCUUCUCAUCAAGGAUUUGCCUGUAUUUGGCUCCAUUCAUUGUUUCCUCUCUCCUUACCAGUCUCCCAGUCCCUGCCGCUAAAAAGCAUCACCAUAGCAUGAUGCUGCCACCACCAUGCUUCAGGGUAGGGAUGGUGUUAGAAAGUUGAUGAACUGUGCCUGGUUUUCUCCAGCGCUUUGCAUUCAGUUAAAUUUUUGUCUCUUCAGACCACAGAAUCUUUUGCCUUAUGCUCUGUCUUUCACGUGCCUUUUUGCAAACUCCAGGCGUGCAGUGAUUUAUUUUUCUCAGGAGUAGCUUCUGUCUGGCCUUUAAAGCCCAGAUUGGUGAAGUGCUUUAGAGACUGUUGUCCUUCUGACAGGUUCUCCCAUCUCAGCCAAUGAACUCUGUAGUUAUGUCAUUGGGUUCUUGGUCAGUUUGGUCAGACGGCCAGCUCUAGGCAAAGUCUGCGUAGUUCCAUAUUUUUUUUCAAUUUCCCAAUGAUGGAGACCACUGCUCUUGGAAACUUUCAACACUAGAAAUUGUUUUAUACCCUUCACAGUGGUUUGUGAAAGUAUUCACCCCCCUUGGCAUUUUUCCUAUUUUGUUGCCUUACAACCUGGAAUGAAAAUGGAUUUUUUGGGGGGUUUGUAUCAUUUGAUUUACACAACAUGCCUACCGCUUUGAAGAUGCAAAAUAUUUGUUAUUGUGAAACAAACAAGAAAUAAUACAAAAAAACUGAACUUUAUCGUGCAUAACUAUUCACCCCCCCAAAGUCAAUACUUUGUACAGUCAUGGUCAAAAGUUUUGAGAAUGACACAAGUAUUGGUCUUCACAAAGUUUGCUGCUUCAGUGUUUUUAGAUAUUUUUGUCAGAUGUUACUAUGGUAUACUGAAGUAUAAUUACAAGCAUUCCAUAAGUGUCAAAGGCUUUUAAUGACAAUUACAUUAAGUUUAUAAAAAUAGUCAAUAUUUGCAGUGUUGACCCUUCUUUUUCAAGACCUCUGCAAUCCGCCCUGGCAUGUUAUCAAUUAACUUCUGAGCCACAUACUGACUGAUGGCAGCCCAUUCUUACAUAAUCAAUGCUUGGAGUUUGUCAGAAUUUGUGGGUUUUUGUUUGUCCAGCCGCCUCUUGAGGAUUGACCACAAGUUCUCAAUGGGAUUAAGGUCUGGGGAGUUUCCUGGCCAUGGACCCAACAUGUCGAUGUUUUGUUCCCUGAGCCACUUAGUUAUCACUUUUGCCUUAUGGCAAGGUGCUCCAUCAUGCUGGAAAAGGCAUUGUUCGUCACCAACCUGUUCUUGGAUGGUUGGGAGAAGUUGCUCUCUGAGGAUGUGUUGUACCAUUCUUUAUUCAUGGCUGUGUUCUUAGGCAAAAUUGUGAGUGAGCCCACUCCCUUGGCUGAGAAGCAACCCCACACAUUAAUGGUCUCAGGAUGCUUUACUGUUGGCAUGACACAGGACUGAUGGUAGUGCUCACCUUGUCUUCUCUGGACCAGCUUUCUUCCGGAUGCCCCAAACAAUCGGAAAGGGGAUUCAUCAGAGAAAAUGACUUUACCCCAGUCCUCAGCAGUCCAAUCCCUGUACUUUUUGCGGAAUAUCAGUCUGUCCCUGAUGUUUUUUCUGGAUAGAAGUGGCUUUCUCGCUGCCCUUCUUGACACCAGGCCAUCCUCCAAAAGUCUUCGUCUCUCUGUGUGUGCAGAUGCACUCACACCUGCCUGCUGCCAUUCCUGAGCAAGCUCUGCACUGGUGGUGUCCCGAUCCCGCAGCUGAAUCAACUUUAGGAGACGGUCCUGGCGCUUGCUGGACUUUCUUGGACACCCUGAAGCCUUCUCCACAACAAUUGAACCUCUAUCCUUGAAGUUCUUGAUGAUCUGAUAAAUGGUUGAUUUAGGUGCAAUCUUACUAGCAGCAAUAUCCAUGCCUGUGAAGCCCUUUUAGUGCAAAGCAAUGAUGACGGCACAUGUUUCCUUGCAGGUAACCAUGGUUAACAGAGGAAGAACAAUGAGUUCAAGCACCACCCUCCUUUUAAAGCUUCCAGUCUGUUAUUCUAACUCAAUCAGCAUGACAGAGUGAUCUGCAGCCUUGUCCUCGUCAACACUCUCACCUGUGUUAACGAGAGACUCACUGACAUGUCAGCUGGUCCUUUUGUGGCAGGACUGAAAUGCAGUGGAAAUGUUUUUUGGGGGAUUAAGUUCAUUUUCAUGGCAAAGAGGGACUUUGCAAUUAAUUGCAAUUCAUCUGAUCACUCUUCAUAACAUUCUGGAGUAUAUGCAAAUUGCCAUCAUAAAAACUGAGGCAGCAGACUUUGAAAAUUAAUAUUUGUGUCAUUCUCAAAACUUUUGACCACGACUGUAGAGCCACCUUUUGCAGCAAUUACAGCUGCAAGUCUCUUGGGGUAUGUCUCUAUAUGCUUGGCACAUCUAGCCACUAGGAUUUCUGCCCAUUCUUCAAGGCAAAACUGCUCCAGCUCCUUCAAGUUGGAUGGGUUCUGCUGGUGUACAGCAAUCUUUAAGUCAUACCACAUAUUCUCAAUUGGAUUGAGGUCUGGGCUUUGAGUAGGCCAUUCCAAGACAUUUCAAUGUUUCCCCUUAAACCACUUGAGUGUUGCUUUAGCAGUAUGAUUAGGGUCAUUGUCCUGCUGGAAGGUGAACCUCCGUCCCAGUCUCAAAUCUCUGGAAGACUGAAACAGGUUUCCCUCAAGAAUUUCCCUGUAUUUAGCGCCAUCCAUCAUUCCUUCAAUUCUGACCAGUUUCCCAGUCCCUGCCAAUGGAAAAACAUCCCCACAGCAUGAUGCUGCCACCACCAUGCUUCACUGUGGGGAUGGUGUUCUCGGGGUGAUGAGAGGUGUUGGGUUUGCGCCAGACAUAGCAUUUUCCUUGAUGGCCAAAAAGCUCAAUUUUAGUCUCAUCUGACCAGAGUACCUACUUCCAUAUGUUUGGGGAGUCUCACAUGCCUUUUGGCGAACACCAAACGUUUUUGCUUAUUUUUUUCUUAAAGCAAUGGCUAUUUUAUUGCCACUCUUCCAUAAAGCCCAGCUCUGUGGAGUGUACGGCUUAAAGUAGUCCUAUGGACAGAUACUCCAAUCUCCGCUUUGGAGCUUUGCAGCUCCUUCAGGGUUAUCUUUGGUCUCUUUGUUGCCUCUCUGAUGAAUGCCCUCCUAGCCUGGUCCGUGAGUUUUGGUGGGCAGCCCUCUCUUGGCAGGUUUGUUGUGGUGCCAUAUUCUUUCCAUUUUUUAAAUAAUGGAUUUAAUGGUGUUCCGUGGGAUGUUCAAAGUUUUUAAUAUUUUUUUUAUAACCCAACCCUGAUCUGUACUUCUCCACAACUUUGUCCCUGACCUGUUUGGAGAGCUCCUUGGUCUUCAUGGUGCCGCUUGCUUGGUGUUGCCCCUUGCUUAGUGGUUUUGCAGACUCUGGGGCCUUUCAGAACAGGUGUGUGUGAUAUAUAUAUAUAUAUAUAUAUAUAUAUACUGAGAUCAUGUGACAGAUCAUGUGACACUUAGAUUGCACACAGGUGGACUUUAUUUAACUAAUUAUGUGACUUCUGAAGGUAAUUGGUUGCACCAGAUCUUAUUUAGGGGCUUCAUAGCAAAGGGGGUGAAUACAUACAGUGGGGGAAAAAAGUAUUUAGUCAGCCACCAAUUGUGCAAGUUCUCCCACUUAAAAAGAUGAGAGAGGCCUGUAAUUUUCAUCAUAGGUACACGUCAACUAUGACAGACAAAUUGAGAAAAAAAAAUCCAGAAAAUCACAUUGUAGGAUUUUUAAUGAAUUUAUUUGCAAAUUAUGGUGGAAAAUAAGUAUUUGGUCAUCUACAAACAAGCAAGAUUUCUGGCUCUCACAGACCUGUAACUUCUUCUUUAAGAGGGUCCUCUGUCUUCCACUCGUUACCUGUAUUAAUGGCACCUGUUUGAACUUGUUAUCAGUAUAAAAGACACCUGUCCACAACCUCAAACAGUCACACUCCAAACUCCACUAUGGCCAACACCAAAGAGCUGUCAAAGGACACCAGAAACAAAAUUGUAGACCUGCACCAGGCUGGGAAGACUGAAUCUGCAAUACGUAAGCAGCUUGGUUUGAAGAAAUCAACUGUGGGAGCAAUUAUUAGGAAAUGGAAGACAUACAAGACCACUGAUAAUCUCCCUCGAUCUGGGGCUCCACGCAAGAUCUCACCCCGUGGGGUCAAAAUGAUCACAAGAACGGUGAGCAAAAAUCGCAGAACCACACGGGGGGACCUAGUGAAUGACCUGCAGAGAGCUGGGACCAAAGUAACAAAGCCUACCAUCAGUAACACACUACGCCGCCAGGGACUCAAAUCCUGCAGUGCCAGACGUGUCCCCCUGCUUAAGCCAGUACAUGUCCAGGCCCGUCUGAAGUUUGCUAGAGUGCAUUUGGAUGAUCCAGAAGAGGAUUGGGAGAAUGUCAUAUGGUCAGAUGAAACCAAAAUAGAACUUUUUGGUAAAAACUCAACUCGUCGUGUUUGGAGGACAAAGAAUGCUGAGUUGCAGCCAAAGAACACCAUACCUACUGUGAAGCAUGGGGGUGGAAACAUCAUGCUUUGGGGCUGUUUUUCUGCAAAGGGACCAGGACGACUGAUCCGUGUAAAGGAAAGAAUGAAUGGGGCCAUGUAUCGUGAGAUUUUGAGUGAAAACCUCCUUCCAUCAGCAAGGGCAUUGAAGAUGAAACGUGGCUGGGUCUUUCAGCAUGACAAUGAUCCCAAACACACCGCCCGGGCAACGAAGGAGUGGCUUCGUAAGAAACAUUUCAAGGUCCUGGAGUGGCCUAGCCAGUCUCCAGAUCUCAACCCCAUAGAAAAUCUUUGGAGGGCGUUGAAAGUCCGUGUUGCUCAGCGACAGCCCCAAAACAUCACUGCUCUAGAGGAGAUCUGCAUGGAGGAAUGGGCCAAAAUACCAGCAACAGUGAGUGAAAACCUUGUGAAGACUUACAGAAAAUGUUUGACCUGUGUCAUUGCCAACAAAGGGUAUAUAAAAAAGUAUUGAGAAACUUUUGUUAUUGACCAAAUACUUAUUUUCCACCAUCAUUUGCAAAUAAAUUCAUUAAAAAUCCUACAAUGUAAUCUUCUGGAUUUUUUGUUGACGUGUACCUAUGAUGAAAAUUACAGGCCUCUCUCAUCUUUUUAAGUGGGAGAACUUGCACAAUUGGUGGCUGACUAAAUACUUUUUUUCCCCACUGUAUGCACGCACCACUUUUCCAUAGUUCAUUUUUUUCAUUUCACUUCACCAAUUUGGACUUUUGUGUAUGUCCAUUACAUGAAAUCCAAAUAAAAAUCCAUUUAAAUUACAGGUUGUAAUGCAACAAAGUAGGGAAAAUGCCAAGGGGGAUGAAUACUUUUGCAAGGCACUGUGUGCCUCAUCACAAUUAUAUUUUGGAGACCUACGGACAGUUCCUUAGACUUCAUGGUAUAGUUUCUGCUUCGACAUACACUUCAUGACCGAAAGUAUGUGGAAACAUUCUCGUCGGACAUCUCACUCCAAAAUCAUGGGCAUUAAUAUGGCGUUAGUCCCCCCUUUUUUCUGCUAUAACAGCCUCCACUCUUCUGGGAAGGCUUUCCACUAGAUGUUGGAACAUUGCUGUGGGGACUUGCUUCCAUUCAGCAACGAGCAUCAGUGAGGUCGGGCACAGAUGUUGGGUGAUUAGGCCUGGCUCGUAGUCAGUUCCAAUUCAGCCCAAAGGUGUUCGAUGGGGUUGAGGUCAUGUGCAGGCCAGUCAAGUUCUUCCACACCGAUCUCGACAAACCAUUUCUGUAUGGACCUCGCUUUGUGCACAGGGGCAUUGUCAUUCUGAAAUAGGAAAGGGCCUUCCCCAAACUGUUGCCACAAAGUUGGAAGCACAUAAUUAUCUAGAAUGUCAUUGUAUGCUGUAGCAUUAAGAUUUCCCUUCACUGGAACUAAGGGGCCUUGUCCGAACCAUGAAAAAUAGCUCCAGACCAUUAUUCCUCCUCCACCAAACUUUACAGUUGGCACUACGCUUUGGGGCAGGAAACCCAUUUCAUGAAGCUCCCGAUGAACAGUUCUGGUGCUGAUGUUGCUUCCAGAGGCAGUUUGGAACUCGGUAGUGAAACGAUUUUUACGCGCUUCAGCACUCGGUGGUCCUGUUCUGUGAGCUUGUGUGGCCUACCACUUCGCGGCUGAGCCGUUGUUGCUCCUAGACUUUUCCACUUCACAAUAACAGCACUUACAGUUGACCAGGGCAGCUCUAGCAGGGCACAAAUGUGACUUGUUGGAAAGGUGGCAUUCUAUGACGGUGCCACGUUGAAAGUCACUGAGCUCUUCAGUAAGGCCUGUCUAUUGCAAAUGUUUGUCUAUGGAGAUUGCAUGGCAGUGAGCUCGAUUUUAUAGACCUUUCAGCAACGGGUGUGGCUGAAAUAGCCGAAUCCAUUAAUUUGACGGGAUGUCCACAUACCUUUUUGUAUUUAUUGUGUAUACUGCCAACUGUGGGACCUUAUAUAGACAGGUGUGUUCCUUUCUAAAUCAUGUCCAAACAAUUGAAUUGGCCACAGGUGGACUCCAAGUUGUAGUGACAUAUCAAGGAUGAUCAAAGGAAAUUGGAUGCACCUGAGCAAAAUGUGGAGUGUCAUAGCAAAAGGGUGUGAAUACUUAUGUAAAUAAAUUUGCUAACAUUUCUAAAAACAUGUUUUUACUUUGUCAUUAUGGGGUAUUGUGUGUAGAUGGGUGAGGAAAAAAAUUAUUUAAUUAAUUUUUUAAUUCAGCCUGUAUGUGGAAUAAGUCAAGGUGUAUACAUACUCUCUGAAGGCACUGUAUGUGUUUUAUUUAGUUUUAAGUUUAGUUUAAAACAAGUGAUAGACAACAAUACAGAUAAAAACAAAUACAAAAAAAGUGUGCAGGUGUAGUUGGACCAAUACUACUUGAUUUAAUUUGUCCCCUCUGCAGUGCCCCAUCCACAGAAGCAGCUUGCCUACAACACCUCAAAGGCAGGAGUGGUCAAACUGACACAGACACUUGGCACAGAGUGGAUCGACAGAGGGGUCCGUGUUAACUGCAUCUCACCGUAAGUUUGUGUCCCACAUGUUUGUUUUAUAUAAAUGGCCUGGCUUCAGAAUAGGCCUAUAGUAUCAAUGUCAGGUCUUAUCUGUAUCCCCAUGCCACAACAGUUUACACAUCACAAAUAAGGCCCACCCACUGGGGAGCCAGGCCCAGCCAAUCAGAAAUAGUUUUUCCCAAGAAAAGGGCUUUAUUACAGACAGAAAUACUAAUCUGUUUCAUCAGCUGUCCGGGUGGCUGGUCUCAGACGAUCCCGCAGGUGAAGAUGCCCGACGUGGGGGUCCUGGGCUGGCGUGGUUACACGUGGUCUGCGGUUGUGAGGCCAGUUGGACGUACUGCCAAAUUCCCUAAAACAACGUUUGAGGCAGCUUAUGGUAGAGAAAUUAACAUGACAUUUUCUGGCAACAGCUCUGGUGGACAUUCCUGCAGUCAGCCUGCCAAUUGCACGCUCCCUCAACUUGAUACAUCUGUGGCAUUGUGUUGUGUGUCAAAACUGCACAUUUUAGAGUGGUCUUUUAUUGGCCCCAGCACAAGGUGCACCUGUGUAAUGAUCAUGCUGUUUAACAUCUACGGGAUCGGGUGUCCCUUAUACGGGACGGUUGAGCUAACGUGCGCUAAUGUGAUUAGCAUAACUGUUGUAAGUAACAUCAAACUUUCCAGGACGUAGAAAUGUCUUAUAUAGGCAGAAAGCUUAAAUUCCUGUUAAUCUAAAUGCACUGUCCAAUUUACAGUAGCUAUUACAGUGAAAAACUACCAUGCUAUUGUUUGAGGAGAGUGCAUAGCAUCAAAAAACUUAUCACGGCAACUACAUUAUUAGCUCAGAAAGUGUUUUGCAUCAUUACAUACAGCCGGGAAAAACUAUUGGAUAUCAGAGCGGCGGUAACUCACCAGCAUUACGACCAGGAAUACGACUUUCCCGAAGCAGAUCCUUUGGUUGCUCUCCCCAGGGCAACUGAACUGAUUCCAGCGGCUGACCCAAAACAUCGCCGGCGGAAGAGAGGCACUUGGAGCGGCCUGCUGGUCCGACUAAGGAGGCGUGCACACCACCCACCGCUUCCAAGUAUUCUACUCGCUAAUGUUCAGUCUUUAGUUAACAAAGUCGACGAACUACGGGCAAGGAUUUCUUUCCAGAGACACAUCAAGGCCUGUAACAUACUCUGUUUCACGGAAACAUGGCUCUCUUGGGAUAUUCUGUCAGAAUCGGUCCAGCCAGAUGGGUUCUCAGUUCAUCGCGCAGACUGGAAUAAAUAUCUCUCCGGGAAGCAGAAGGGCGGAGGUGUGUGUUUCAUGAUUAACGACUCGUGGUGUAAUUGUAGUUAACAUAGAGGAACUCGAGUCCUUCUGUUCACCCGACCUAGAAUAUCUCACAAUCAAAUGCCGACCGUAUUAUCUCCCAAGAUAAUUUUCUUUGGUUAUAGUCACGGCCGUGUAUAUCCCCCCUCAAGCCGAUACCACUACGGUCCUCAAAUAACUUCACUGGCCCUAAUGCAAACUGGAAACCACAUAUCCUGAGGCUGCAUUUAUUGUAGCCGGGGAUUUUAACAAAGCAAAUUUGAGGACUAGGCUGCCGAAGUUCUAUCAACAUAUCAACUGUUGUACUCGCGCAGCUAAAAUCCUCGACCAUUGCUAUUCAAACUUCCGGGAUGGUUAUAAGGCCCUCCCCUGCCCUCCUUUCGGCAAAUCUGACCACGACUCCAUUUUGCUUCUCCCUUCCUAUAGGCAGAAACUCAAACAUGGGGCGGUGCACAAUUGGCCCAGUGUCGUCCAGGGUAGGGGAGAGAAUGGCCGGCAGGGAUGUAGCUCAGUUGGUAGAGCAUGGCGUUUGCAACGCCAGGGUUGUGGGUUCGUUUCCCACGGGGGCCAGUAUGAAAAAUAAAUAAUGUAUGCACUCACUAACUGUAAGUCGCUCUGGAUAAGAGCGUCUGCUAAAUGACAAAAAAAUUUAAAAAUGUAAAUGUAAACAGGAAGUACCCAUGCUAAGGACUAUUCAACGCUGGUCUGACCAAUCGGAAUCCACGCUUCAAGAUUGUUUUCAUCACGUGGACUGGGAUAUGUUCCGGGUAGCUUCCGAAAAUAAUUUUGACAUAUACACUGAAACAGUGACUGAGUUUAUCAGGAAGUCUAUAGGUGAUGAUGUGCCAACUGUGACUAUUAAAACCUACCCUAACCAGGAACCGUGGAUAGAUGGCAGCAAUCUCGCAAAUCUGAAAGCGCAAACCACCGCAUUCAACCAUGGCAAGGUGACUGGGAAUAUGGCAGAAUACAAACAGUGUAGCUACUCACUCCGCAAGGCAAUUAAACUGGCAAAACAUCAGUAUAGAGACAAAGUGGAGUCGCAAUUCAACGGCUCAGACACGAGACGUAUGUGGCAGGGUCUACAGACAAUCACAGACUACAAAAAGAAAACCAUCCACGUCGCCGACACCAACGUCUCGCUUCCAGACAAGCUAAACACCUUCUUCGUCCGCUUUGAGGAUAACACAGUGCCACUGACGAGGCCCACUACCAAGGACUGUGGCCUCUCCUUCUCCAUGGCCGACGUGAUUAAGACAUUUAAGCAUGUUAACCCUUUAAGGCUGCCGGCCCAGACGGCAUCCCUAGCCGCGUCCUCAGAGCAUGCGCAGACCAGCUGGCUGGUGUGUUCAUGGACAUAUUCAAUCUCUCCCUUUCCCAGUCUGCUGUUCCCACAUGCUUCAAGAGGGCCACCAUUGUUCCUGUACCCAAGAAAGCAAAGGGAACUGAACUAAAUGACUAUCGCCCUGUAGCACUCACCUCUGUCAUCAUGAAGUGCUUUGAGAGACUAGUCAAGGAUCAUAUCACCUCUACCUUACCUGUCACCCUAGACCCACUUCAAUUUGCUUACCGCCCCAAUAGAUCCACAGACGAUGCAAUUGCCAUCACACUGCACAGGUAAGGUAGGAAACUACAUCUCCACUUCGCUGAUCCUCAACACUGAGGCCCCACGAGGGUCCGUGCUCAGCCCCCUCCUGUACUCCCUGUUCACCCAUGAAUGCGUGGCCAAGCACGCCUCCAACUCAAUCAUCAAGUUUGCAGACGACACAACAGUAGUAGGCUUGAUUACCAACAAUGACGAGACCGCCUACAGGGAGGAGGUGAGGGCUCGUCAGGAAAAAUAACCUCUCACUCAACAUCAACAAAACAAAGGAGAUGAUCAUGGACUUCAGGAAACAGCAGAGGGUGCACCCACCUAUCCGUAUCGACGGGACUGCAGUGGAGAAGGUGGAAAGCUUCAAGUUCCUUGGCGUACACAUCACCGACAAACUGAAAUGGUCCACCCACGCAGACAGUGUGGUGAAGAAGGCGCAACAGAGCCUCUUCAACCUCAGGAGGCUGAAGAAAUGUGGCUUAUCACCUAAAACCCUCACAAACUUUUACAGAUGCACAAUUGAGAACAUCCUGUCGAGCUGUAUCACCGCCUGGUACGGCAACUGCACCACCCACAACCGCAGGGCUCUCCAGAGGGUGGUGCGGUCUGCCAAACGCAUUACCGGGGGCAAACUACCCGCCCUCCAAGACACAUACAGCACCCGAUGUCACAGGAAGGCCAAAAAGAUCAUCAAGGACAUCAACCACCCGAGCCACUGCCUGUUCACCCCGCUAUCAUCCAGAAGACAAGGUCAGUACAGGUGCAUCAAAGCUGGGACCGAGAGAAUGAAAAACAGCUUCUAUCUCAAGGCCUUCAGACUGUUAAAUAGCCAUCACUAGCACAUUAGAGGCUGCUGCUGCUGCCUAUUGAAAUCACUGGCCACUUUAAGAAAUGGAACACUAGUCACUUUAAUAAUGUUUACAUAUCUUGCACUACUCAUCUCAUAUGUAUAUACUGCAUUCUAUUCUAUAAUAUUAUUCUGUAUCUUAGUCCAUGCCGCUCUUGCUUGUCCAUAUAUGUAUAUAUUCUUAAAUCCCAUUCCUUACUUUUUUGUGUGUAUUGGGUAUAUGUUGUGAAAUUGUUAGAUAUUACUGCACUGUCGGAGCUAGAAGCACAAGCAUUUCGCUACACCCGCUAUAACAUCUGCUAAACACAUGUAUGUGAUAAAUAAAAUGUGAUUUGAUACAUUCACCUCUGAAGGUAAAUAAUGUACUUACAUUCAGUAAUCUUGCUCUUGUUUGUCAUCCUAAUGGUCCCAGAGAUAAAAUGUAGCGUACUUUUGUAUGAUAAAAUCCAUUUUUAUAUUCAAAUGUAGGAACUGGGUUCUACUGUUUGAAUCCCUGCUGUCUCUGGCUCCACACCCACCCCGCCCGGCCAUCUAGAUGUGUGAAAGUUAGUGUAUAAGCUAAUGAUCCAUCAUGUAUGACAUUCCUGGGAGUGUGUAAACUUACAUUUUGUAUUUCCAUAUCAUUUUUGUAUGUUCUCUAUAGUUAUGUACUUGAAAAUGUAUCAAUUGACCAAUUCGGCACUUUUGGGCAGACUUGAUACAAAAUAGUCCAGUAUUGCAAUGCUUCACUCAAUCUGAAACUUUGCACACACUGCUUCUGUCUAGUGGACAAAAUAUAAAUUGCGCCUAAACUGCGAUAUUAUAUUAAGUGUCCGUUCCUUAAGCGGUUAAUCAGCUUCUUGAUAUGCCACACCUGUCAGGUAGAUGGAUUAUCUUGGCAAAGGAGAAAUGCUCACUAACAGGGAUGUAAACAAUUUUGUGACCAAAAGAGAAAUAAGCUUUUUGUGCAUAUGGAACAUUUCUGGGAUCUUUUAUUUCGCCUCAUGAAACAUGGGACCAACACUUUACAUGUUGCGUUUAUAUUUUUGUUCAGUAUAUAUUGUUAUUUGUUGAGCUGCCAAGAACAGUAAUGAUGAGGUGUUGAUUGACUGUUUUCCCCCAUUGGAAAGGCUCCAUUUGAGAAUGAGGCACCCAUUUAAGCCCUCAAACAAUGUGCUCAGGCAUAAUUAGAUGGUGUCUUGAGGGAGGAAUCAACCAAACUCUUGCUCUAAUUGUUAUAUUCAAUUAGGGAAUCAAAUGAGCAUCCUCACUCAAAGUGUCUCCACAACAAUAGCACAUUGUUUGUGUCUAGUUGUCUGUGAAGCUGUGUGGUGGGAAGAAGAGGACAGAGGAAGAGCUCUUUGCUGUGUGUGUGUGUGUGUGUGUGUGUGUGUGUGUGUGUGUGUGUGUGUGUUAAGUGGAGCAUCCCUUAGCCAUCCCUGAGCAAAUCUGUCCGGUGGCUCGGCGUGCGGGGCCCCGUCACCGCCCCCAGAACAAAGCGCCCACUCUCACGCCACUCUGCUUUAUUUAUCGCUAGCUUGUUUGCUAAUUUUAAUUUGCAAAGAAGCAAUUCUUUCCCCCCUCUAACUGGUGGUCUCAAUGGGGCGCUGAUUUCUUAGAAGUGACAGUCGGUAAAUAUGCAUAAAGGGACACAAUUAGCGAGUGCGAGGUUGACUGCAGCCUGAUUUCAUUGGCAACUUUAGCCGCGUCAGUGAUAAGCUGCAUUAUCUAGAAAAUUGGCUGAGGGAAAACAGCACCUCUGAUUGCCAGGAAAGGUUCCAGAUAACAGGGUGCUGAAGAGAAAUAUAAUUGAGGUGGAAUAUGUUAACCAAGGUGUCACAUGCUUCUUGGAGCCGCUAAUUUAUCCAAAUGUUGGAAUUUGUAUCAAGGCACAGCCAGGAAUACUCUCUAUGCCUAACAUGUUGGGUACGGGCUAAAGAUGAGUCGACCGUGAAGCUUUUAGUUACUGUCAUAUUGAUUGUGUGAAAAGCCUGAAGUCGUCUCACAUUAGACACAGCUGUGUUGACAUGUUUAUCCAAAUUAUAUAUUUCAAUAGGUGGAGAGAAAAUCAUUGGUCAUGAUAGAUUAAUUCUGACAUUAGAUUGGAUGAAGUAUCGUCUAAACUUGAAAGUACCUAUGUCUCAGAGGAGGAAAUCCAAUUAGGAAAUCACUACAGUACCAACACACCUGUUUCCUUUAAAUGCCACUCAAGCACUAUGCCUGAGAAUCAAACCGGCUCAAGCACAUAUCAAGCAGGAAUCAGGGAGACGCAGAGAAAGUGAUUAUGUACAGGCUGCUGAAGGCAAGUUACACCUAGGAUCCUGUCGUACCCGGUGGCGCUUCCUGCGACGUGCCAGUCAUUUAACACCACGGGUCUCACUGUAAAUAUCAUCAGAGAUGUACCCUUUUUCUGAAGGGUAAUUGGGUUUAUUUAUUAUUUUAUUUUGGUUACCAAAAUGGUGGCUCUGAAAUGCCCCACUGCUGUCACUCCUGGCUUUGUAGUCUGAUGUCUCUGAAUUCUCUUUCCCUCCAUCUCUGUCUCUCCCUCUCUCUUUUCAGGGGGAUUGUUGACACCCCUCUCAUCCACUCGGAGAGUUUGAGGCCUCUGGUGAAGCGCUGGCUGUCAGAUAUCCCUGCUGGACGACUGGCUCUAGUGACAGACCUGCAAGCUGCAGUGGUCUACUUGGCAUCUGACGCCUCCGACUACAUGACAGGGCAUAACUUAGUCAUAGACGGUGGGCAAAGUCUGUGGUAGAGAGGGGGAGAAGCUUCAUAUUUUCCACUCUUGGAACCACAGGUGUCUGGUGGCACCUUAAUUGGGGAGGACGGCUCAUAAUAAUGGCUGGAACAGAAUAAAUGGAAUGAUAUCAAGCACUUGGUUUCUAUGUGUUUGAUUUCACUCGAUUCCAGCCAUUAUUAUGAGCCGUCCUCCCCUCAUCAGCCUCCUGUGGCACCCACUGUGACUGAUCUCCACAGGGAGAAUUGGAUAACAGAGAGAUUAGGUCAGACUGAUUACCUCACUGGUUUACCAUUAUCUAUGUCAGAUUGGAGAUUAUUUUAGUUUCAUACAGUACUGUUCACAUAAAAGGGACAUUUAUUUAGACACAAUUGUGCUUUUAUAUCUCUGUUAAUUUUCUUGACAGAAAUGCACACUUUGUUGCCAUCCUUUGUAUGCUGAUCAUAUCCCUUCUACAUGGUGCUAUCCUUUGGACAUCUGUGUUUUUAUACAGAAACAUUUUUCACGCUGGUAUCUGUGAGUGACUCUUAUAUAGAAGUAUUGACACCAUUGGCCCCGUCAGAGGUAUUUGUUUCAUAAGUGCAAAGUACUUGAAUAGGGUUCAUAGUUCAAGAUUUUAAUACACUGAAUGCAUGCUGCUUUCUACUGUGCAAGUACAGUACAUACUGGAUAUUAGAUUGCAAAAGAUGGGUUGGGCAUAGUAGACAGUACUGAGAUGUGUAUGACAAGAUGCUAUCUGUUUCUCAAAUAAACACUAUCAAAACUAAUAUUGUAACGUAAUCCUUUCCUUAUGGGGACUACAUACUGAACACAGAAAUAAGGUUUCAAAACUAUCUAGACAUUGUAUGCAUAGAAAUGUGUAAUAUCUCCCUGUUUGACAGUCCUGGGCUGGUUGUGUUUCUCUGGGUACCAUAGCGUACCCCCACCCCCCCUCAGCUCUUCUCUCUCAUGGUUUUGCUGAUUGGUCCCUCAAGUGGUGCUUACAAUCUGCAUCUUAAUUGCUCCCUGAUCUGUUUAUGUGCUGAAAAACAAUGCUUAAAGGAGGUUAGCUGAGGGCACGACCUUAGUCACUGCAAUUAUACCAAAGGAGUGUCCAAUUAGCACCAUCUAUGCUAUAGAUUUAUGUAAUCAGUGAAUGUAAGAAUCUAUCCAGAAUGAGCUAAUAAACAUGUUAAUGUAAUGAGGGUAGAAUAUUAGUUAGGCAUUUCGUCAGAUGGCCACAAAGGGGCAGUCUAGAGACAGGAAGCCACAGAUAUUUGCCAUCUCCACCUUUCAGGAUACAGGAUAAUCACUGUUUGAAUGUGGGGUUAUCAAGAACAUUAUUUGCCACUAUCCGAGGGUAAUAACAAAGGGUCUGCUAUAUGUAUAUGUGAGGAAAUUAUGAUUAAAAGGACAUCUGCAAUUCUAGAGUGCAAACAGCUGGACAUGGGAUGAAUCUAUGAUGAAAUGUUGAACAAACACAAUGUACAGUACUUUCGAUUUAAAAUGCAGUUUAACUGAAAUGGUUACAUUUCCAAUGUAUGAAAAAUGUAAUUACUAUAUAUUCAUCUGUUGCUACUGCUUGCCAAGAGAUGAGGUGAGUAAUUGUCAAGGUUCACAGUAAUUGUUAUGCAAAUAUCUAGCCAGUUUAUGUUGGGAAUUGUAAUAACUGUUCUGAUUGUAAUCUACCGUCAUAAUCUUAAGUAAAGACAUGUCAGUUAACAACUUCAGUUGUGAUUUUCCAUCAGAUGUACCUAAACACAGGUUGACGGGUCAUACAAACAGUAGGUGUAUAAUUUUGUCAAUUCAUUAAAGUGUUGCCUAUAGUUUCUAAGGCAUAACUAUUGUAGCAUCCACAGCAACAUGGGCGGCAGGUAGCUUAGUGGGUAAGAGCGUUGUGCCAGUAACCGAAAGGUCGCUGGUUCUAAUCCCCGAGCCGACUAGGUGAGAAGUCUGUCGAUGUGCCCUUAAGCAAGGCACUUAACCCUAAUUGCUCCUGUAAGUCGCUCUGGAUAAGAGCGUCUGCUAAAUGACUAAAAUGUAAUGUAAAAUGUAAACUCCAUCCUCUGUACUGCUGCCUACAACACCUCACUUUAGUCAGGAGUUUAUUCACAGCAUAAUUCUGUGGCACAGUCUAAACUGUUUUGAUGUUAUUAUGUUUUGUAUUGCUCUAAACGGUUUCAAAGCCCUUUUUGAAGGUCUUGUUUUCCCUGGAAAGUGCAGCCACAAGAGCCAAAUCAAGUAUUUUGAGCUGAAAAUGUGAUCUCUCUCCAAACCUAUGGCUUGCUUCAUGAGGUGUAAGUGAUCUUGAAUACAUUAUUUAUGACCUCCUGCAAUUAUGCUCAGGAGCGGGGCACGCGAACAUGCCGGUGUUGUGCGAAAGGGUUCUUCAGCAUAAAGCAUUUGUGCCCUCGCACUUCAAAUCAACUUUGAUUAAUGUCCAUGCCUGUCCUGGAAUGCAACAUUUUACAGCAGAAGUGAAUCGUGAGUAGCCCUGGGUCGAUGCGACAACAGGAGGAGACAACACAGAGUGGAGCACAGCCUGUAUCUGGGUGAGAGAGUACGUCAGGGUUUAUAGAUGACAUAUUAAUAUUUGACAACAUCAAUACCCUUUUAUUUAUGUAUUUUAUUGUGCCUCAGGCCUAGUCUAGUGAGUGAGAUAUUUGAAAAUGAAAUGUAUAGCCUUUAUAAAUGGAGCUAAGGCUCCUACUACAGCAAGUCUAAAUGGCCUAUCGUGUCAAUGAGAAGUGUGGACAAAAAUCAAUUAUAAAAAAUAAUUUAGCUUUCAACAGCUCAAUAAAUGCUUAAUUUUACUGAUGUAAAUCAAAUUAAAUCACAUCUCAACCAUAUUGAGAUUAUAUGUUUAUCAAAAUUAGGAAGGGUAGAGAGUAGAAAAUGGGGGACCAAGUACCUUGAUAGUGUUGAAAGACAAUUGACACAAUAAAAGCCUCUGUCAAUUUUAACAACGGUGUCACAACUCUGUAGUAGGUUAAAGGUCCAAUUACUGUGAUUGUUUAUUUUUGUGUCUUGGUAGAAAGCUAUUUCUCUAGCAAGAAUUUAGCUAGGACUGUCUGGGAGUGGCCUAAGCGAGGGGCCUUAUUGGAGGAACCUAAUGAGAGGGAUAUGUAACCUGAAAACUAGCUGUUAUUGGCAGAGAGGUUUGAAACUCUCCUUGCUAUUGGUCUAUUCACUUCCUUCCAGCAAAACAACUUGACAUUUCAGGCUGUCUUUUCAAACAGUUUUUACACUAAAAUGGCAUAACCAUAAUUUUCACAAUUUCACAGUAUUAUUCCAACCUCAUAGUGUGGAAAUAUAAAACACAGGACAUGACGUUUUCGACAGCACUGGGCCUUUAACAUGAGUUAGCCAUUGUCCUUCAAAGUUUAUCCACCCCACUCCAGCGAGAUAAAACAAUGGCAACACAUGUAGGGAAAGACACACAGACGCCAAGUAACCUUUCCAAACUGCAGACUGGUUGACAUUUUAGGGACCUUGAUUCAAACUUGGGAAUAAUAGUGGUUUUAAUUAUAUGCAUGUUUAAAUGAGCAAUUAUUGAUACAACCUAGUUGCACAAGCCCAGGGGAUGGAAAUGGCCGUCAAGACUGUUUAAUUCAUUUUUUAAAGCUCCUUCAAGUACAUUUAAUUUUCAUUAUACCACCACAGAUGUGUUUUCUCUGAUGGUGAGGGUUGCAUCAGCUCACCUGCUUGUAUCUUGCUCUAGUGUGUGUGUGUGUGUGUGUGUGUGUGGUUACUAGCUGUAUAGCUGGUAUGUAGAGCUCUGUGUAGCCUUGUUGGUCAGCUCAUGUGUUAUUCAUUGCAGUCUAGUUGUGCUGUUGGCUGGUAUCAUGCUCACCUGGUGACUUCCACAAUUUAAUUUUAGGUGGCUGCUGUGCUAUGUACUGGGAGAUGGAUUUCCAAUAAAUCAUAAAAAGGUGAACAUUUUGUCAACCUGUGUUAUAAUAUUGUAUUAUAUUUGAACAGAGGUAGCAAACUAGAUGCAUACACAUGCUUUAUUAAAAUACAUUUUUCUGGGAAGGCCCCUUUCUGCUCAUGUCUUUUAUGAAUUGCUUUUCUCUUUGUGUUUUUGUUAUCCACAGUAAAACUUAUGAAUUCAUGAUUUUCAUGACCAAUGAUGCAUCAAUUGAGCCAAUGCUUUGCUGACCGAGCAAAUUGCUGUCAAGUCCAUUUUAAAUUGACUUUAUAAAAUGAUUCACAUUUUUAAUAAUUCAACUACUGUGCCUUUAUUGUUUUCUGUCAUUAUUGUAAUGACCAUAGCUAAGGUGGUUACAGUAUAUUUGUCCCUAACAAUGGCUCUUUGCCCAUCAACAUAACAAUAAAAUGAGUGGGUCCAUUGCCAAAGCUGUUCUGUUUGAUUCAGCUGCCCACUGAAUUAUCUAAAUGAUUUGGGUAGACUAUGUUAUGCAUCUAAUACAAUACUCUGUUGACACUUUUGCUUUAGACAAAUACCUCUAAUGACAUCUUAAUAACAGGUGGCUAAAAUCCCAUUCCAAUAUCCAUAUCCUGUGUCUGCAUUACAGAUGUAUACGAUUUUUAUUCAACAUCAAUACUGUGUGAGGGAAACAUUGUACUGCGAGUUCUCUAAUUAUAAUGCUGCUAACGUGUUAUUUCCUCCCCAUGUGGGAUUACUUUCAUCUUCCCCAUUUAAGAUACACAUUCUGUUUGGAUGCUCAAAUUACAAACCCUCUAUUAAAUCUGACUGCGCAAAAGGCAUUGAUCAUAACCCGAUAGCUCCACUCCAACUUUGAUUUAAUUUGCACUUCCAUUAAUAUCUAUGAAACGUCCGAUUGUCGUCUUCGGCAUAUUGAUGGUAUUGUAAGCCCUGCCUUCAUAUAAUGUUCCCCAGCGGCUAUGUGGAAAUGUUACAGAGAAUUAGGCCGAGGAGCAGGCUCAGUGGAACUGGCACAGCACUCAGAAAUUCAUUAUCCUAAUAAAUAGAAGGAAAUGAGGGAGGGGAAUCUUAAGAUACAUUUAUCUUCCCCACAAAAAGCCCUGAAUUUGGCUUGAGUGGAGGAUUCAAACAUAUACACUUCUCAUUGUUGCUGCCUGUGCACCCAAGGGUGUUCUCAAGACCCUGAGAUGUCUUUAAAAAAAAGGCCUGAUGAUUCAAUAGAAAAGCAAUCACUUAGCAACUCUCCAUCAAAAGGCAUUCAGCAUUCAGCUUGCUGGGGUAUUUGGAUACACAUGGCUGCAUCUUUUAAGCACCCUGGUUGAUUAUUACAUUAAUGAGCAAUACGUCCUAGAAAUGCUUUAUUAGAAUAAAAUGGGGUUAAUUUUAUUUUGUUGCAGUUGAUUCUGUGACUUCCUUGGCUUACACUACAGUAUGAAACUGAAAGCAUUAUGUAAAAUGUGUUAUUUUGAUGAAUGAGUUCCCAUCUCUGUCUUUUGUACUGUGUGUUCAUCCUUGGUUGAGAUCUUGACAUGUUUUGUCCUUAGGGACCACACCACUGGAGCCUGAAGAGAUGAAUUAUGCUGUAAUAAAGUUAGCUAGCUGUUGUGCUGUGGUGUCUUUGUGUGGCUUCUCUAGAAUCAGAGGAACCCCCUACAAGGAGGAAUUUGGACCCAUCAGUGGAUGACACUGUAGUAGUCUCUUGUACUGCAUCAUGAUUAUAAAUAGCAACAUAUCUGAAAGGCAUUUUUACGUGCCUCUUGCUUCCUAUACCUCUGCUCUGGCACUGCUGUGGUUGGUUUCUAUGAUCUAUUGGCAGAAUCUUCAUCUUUUGUUUUGUUCAUUUUCAAAGGGGAUUCUGCUUCUUUAUGGUUCUGCCAGAGUGAUUCAUUUGCAGGUCAUUAAAAGAAAACCGUGUCUUUUAAAAACGCUGCUCAGGUGGAGAGGCCUGUGCAGGGAGACAUGUCGUAAAUAAAUCCAGCUACAUUUCAAAUGCCAUAUAUAGGGGGCACCUCAGGUCCUUGCAUUCGUGCAGAUAUGUAAUAAUUUAAGUUAUGUGUGUCUAAAGGAGACCUCAUUAACAUUCGAGUAGCACUCAUCUGUGUUGUGCGAUCGUUCCGUAGGCCUCACAUUGAACAUGUUUAUUCUGGUUACACAGCAUGGUUACAACACAUUCAGCAACCUCUCUCUCUCUCUCUCUCUCUCUCGAUGUCAUUUGAGGCAUUGAAAAUGUAACUCUCAUAAAGUUGUAUGAGAAUAUGAUAUAAUGAUUGUGUGCUGUGAUGAAAUACAAUUGGCCAAAUUACUGGUUAUACUGUGGUGUAACACAGGAACUCAAAGAUCUGAGUGUUAAAUGAAUAACCAUUUAUUUGAUUGUAGGUGAAUCUUGCAUGCUAUACGUAAUAUCUUCACAGAUGAUCACACGAGACAAUUGCCUCCAGUACAAUUUGAUAAAGAUAACUGACCAGUCUUAUGUUUAUUUGUAAAGAGUUUAUGAAGGUUAUGUUUGUAGUACCAAUAAUCCCCUUAGGCCAGUGUUUCCUGCCCCCCUACCACCUGGGUGCACAUUUAGUUUUUUGCCCUAACACUACACAACUGAUUCAAAUAAUCAACUCAUCAUCAAGCUUUGAUUAUUUGAAUCAGCUGUGUAGUGCUAGGGCAAAAACCAAAACGUGCGUCCAGGGGGGUGGCCCAGGACCGAGUUUGGGAAACCCUGCCUUAGGCAUACCUCAGUAGCAUUGGAGCCUCUGUAUCAUGCAUGACAGAUACCCAAUAAUAAUCGAUGUGGAUUGCCUCUGACAUCAGUCUGUGUCUGACAGCUGCUUUGUUCUGUGGUCAGAUCUCAUAUUUAACACAUCAAAGAGUAUCUCUGCUUCACGCACCACAUCGGACACCGCAUUUGCCUCCCUCUAUACCAGUGGUUCCCAACUCUUGUCCUCGAGUACCCCCAACAGUACACAUUUCUGUUGUGGCCCACGGACAAGCACACCUGAUUCUACUUGUCAACUAAUCAUCCACCCCUUGACAAGUUGAAUGAGGUGUGUUUGUCUGGGGCUUCAACCAAAAUGUGUACUGUUGAGGGUACUGGAGGACCGGAGUUAGGAACCUCUGCUCAAUAGGAUACAUCAUAAAGGUGCAUGUAUAAUGCUCUGUGCAAAUCGGAUAACCAUGUAAAAGCUAGCUUGUCUUCUAAUUAGUAUGAUAUACUGUACUGAAGAUAUGGUGGAAGAUGUGAUUUCAAUGUACAGUAGCAGCUAUACUCAAAAGUUUUUGAUGAUUCAUUUUUUCUUCAGAACUGGAUGACAGUAUGUCUAAAACUGCUCCAUGACAUGUUUCAACUUAAAACCACAGGCAUCUGGAUUCCGUAACAGUCAUGAACAUGACAAGAGGCACAUUCCCUGAGGGGAAUGACAAGCCCUUUUACAGUUGGCCUGUGUAGAUUUACAGGGGUUGAAAGGUGAAUAGGAGGAGUUAUGCCAUGCUCAUCAGUAGAAGCCUGGAAGAUACGGGAGAGAUCGAUCUGCAGCUAAUGCAAUUCUCAUUAUUUAUUUGAAUACAUUCUCCAGAGGACAGGCACUUAGGAGGUACCUGGUGUUAGGACAGUGUUAGCUGUUCCUUCAUAAGCCCUGGGAAGCUGCUCUCCCCUGCUGACUGGAACGAGGCAAGGCAGUGACUUUUUAAUGACUCCAAGUUAAAUACUGCAUUUAGUGAGACGUAUAAAGAGAGAGGCAUGCUCUUUUUCUGUAGGCAGCGUCCAGCGUUUUGAUGUCUCUAACAAGAACACAAUAAAUUGUUCCUCAUUAUUCAGUAAUUAACUCCAAUGCGCCGGGUCCCCAUCCCCCUGCGCCACACUCUAAAUCACCCCCUCCUCCCCCCUCCUUCUUCUGCUACACAGCUCUUUAAUUUCAUCUACGCUGUGGGGGGUGGAGGCAGGAGGGGAGGGGAGGGGAGGGGGGCCAUGGCAAGCUUGAUGCAGUCCAUCAUCCCCUGCCAUGUUUGCCCCCCCCACCCCACCCUAGACUAAACUCAACUCAACUUCCCUCCCUACCCCUCCUCCAUUCCCCUUACCCACCCCUCACAGAGGUCUGGGCCCCACCUAUAGUAUGGGACAACACCUGGUGGAGUUUUCGGGCCACCCAACCUGGGAGGAUACCAUGGGCAUCAGUUACGUUCGGUGAGGGAGACUGUGAUGAUGAUGAGACAGCAGUGUUCUUCCACUAUCAGGCGAUCAUCACUAUGCCUCCAGCCUUCAUUCAGUAGUCAGUACAUGAGAUUUUCCCUUCCUCCUGCUCUUAAUUGUUAAAAUGAGGCCAUUAAUUGGAGGCUGAGUCAAAUCACCUGUCAUUUCAAAUGGGAAUCAGCUGCUGAUCGAAAGGUAUCAUAAAAGCCUGCCCAGGGCCUGGUUGGUACAACUGUUCCUGCUGGGAGGGAGCUCCCUUUGUGCCUUGGCACCCACAGGCCCAGAGCUCACUCUACCUUCUCGACUGUAGAUUGGGCCUGUGCUCUUGAGUGACACAGAUCCACACAUAUGGCCCAAAUAUAGAUUCAAGAAAGGCAGUAGUGUCAGGCUCAAAUCCUGGAGGAUGCUGUGGGAGUGCUAGUUUCUACUGCUCCAGUGCCUCUGGCCUAAUUGGGUAGGAUGCACAUAGAACUCACAUGCCAUUCCUCAAAGAGUAAGGUCAAGUUCAUUUAAAGGAGUAAUAGUGAAAUCAGACAUGUAAACUAAACUGGGACAAUAGCAAAAGUACAAUCCCAAAAAUGAGAUGUUUUUACAUGUUCCUAUAAUCAUUCUGUGCUCAUGUACAAUGACUUUUCCUUGAAGCACAGCAGUUAUGGAAAAUAAGGAGUGUGCAUUCUUCAAUAUGAGUGUAAUUUGGGAUAUAAAAAUAAAGAAAGAUUUGACAGAGGAAUUACAGGGCCUUAUGAGAAACACAUGCAUCAACAUUUGUGUCAGCAAUGACGCAUUCCCACCUAACACACCCAAACAUUCUUCACUUCUCCGACGGCUACAUUUUGCACUUCAAGAUACAGUAAGCAUUACCUAAAUUCACUUAUAAUGCUCCAUUUGUUUAAAAUAAUUACAGUGAAAAUGUUGUCAAUAUGAACACAGAAAGAACAUAAGAAAAACAUGCCUAAAUUAUUCCAAAGGCACCGUGCUACAUAAAGCCAUUGGAAGGAACACAUCUCCAGGGAACACAUCUCCAGGGAACACAUCUCCAGGGAACACAUCUCCAGGGAACACAUCUCCACACAGGCUGAAUCUUGAGGAACAGUACAUAAGAUGCUGACAAACCUGCUGUUUGAAAUAAAAACCGACUAAACACAUGAUGUUAAUAUUUAAUGUUGCUGUUCCUCAGUAGGCCACUCUGGGUUGUAUUAGGGCUGUGUGAGAGGGUCUGAGGGGAGGUUGUAUUAGGGCUGUGUGAGAGCGUCUGAGGGGAGGUUGUAUUAGGGCUGUGUGAGAGGGUCUGAGGGGAGGUUGCAUUAGGGCUGUGUGAGAGGGUCUGAGGGGAGGUUGCAUUAGGGCUGUGUGAGAGGGUCUGAGGGGAGGUUGUAUUAGGGCUGUGUGAGAGGGUCUGAGGGGAGGUUGUAUUAGGGCUGUGUGAGAGGGUCUGAGGGGAGGUUGUAUUAGGGCUGUGUGAGAGGGUCAGAGGGGAGGUUGUAUUAGGGCUGUGUGAGAGGGUCUGAGGGGAGGUUGUAUUAGGGCUGUGUGAGAGGGUCUGAGGGGAGGUUGCAUUAGGGCUGUGUGAGAGGGUCUGAGGGGAGGUUGUAUUAGGGCUGUGUGAGAGGGUCUGAGGGGAGGUUGCAUUAGGGCUGUGUGAGAGGGUCUGAGGGGAGGUUGUAUUAGGGCUGUGUGAGAGGGUCUGAGGGGAGGUUGUAUUAGGGCUGUGUGAGAGGGUCUGAGGGGAGGUUGUAUUAGGGCUGUGUGAGAGGGUCUGAGGGGAGGUUGUAUUAGGGCUGUGUGAGAGGGUCUGAGGGGAGGUUGCAUUAGGGCUGUGUGAGAGGGUCUGAGGGGAGGUUGCAUUAGGGCUGUGUGAGAGGGUCUGAGGGGAGGUUGUAUUAGGGCUGUGUGAGAGGGUCUGAGGGGAGGUUGCAUUAGGGCUGUGUGAGAGGGUCUGAGGGAAGUUUGCAUUAGGGCUGUGUGCUCUGGAGGAAGAGCCUGCAUCACGCUAAUAAAGCGAUUGGUGCCUCAAACUCCAAAGAAAAACUCACAUCCGAUUAGAGAGUAGAGAUGCAUGUCAACAUGCCAGCUAACACAGCAUAUAAUAAGAUCAACUUUAGUUAAUGCAAGUCUAGCAUCACUAAACACAAUCAUGGAGAAUUAUAUCAGCACAUCAUUAUAUAACCAUAAUAACAAAGCAGAUGUUAAAAGAUUACACUCUUUGCACACAUAUUUUGAGUUCAGCUGUGAACAGUGGUGAGAUGUGCAAGAUAACGGGUCAACACUAUUCUGUAAGCAGCCAUUUGACCGCAUGCACGUGGUACAGAACAAAGCAAUGACAGCCUCUUGACCUCCUCUCCUGCUGGACUGAGCUGGGACAUCUAGCUGGGACAUCCUGUGAACCGGGCUCUAUAGGACAGGCCAUUUGGAUGUGAUUAAAAAGCAUUAGAGAUCCUGAAACCCAUGCUACUCCCCAGGCUAUCAGGUAAUUUGAAAGAGUUCCAGCGAGUUUAAGACGGGCAGAUGUUUUCAGUUUAAGCCAGGCCUCUGUUUAUGCAGACACACUUUAUGUUUGAAAACCCACAAAGGACCUUCAAUAGAUUCUAUGGUGCCGCAUCAGCUAGAGUAGUCAGGUAAUAAGCUAAUUGGUCACAAGCAGCGUUCCCUGUCCACAUGACCAGAAACAUACCAUUUUGCACAGCAUGCUUACUAUCCAUGGUCAUUAGGUGUCUACAUACAGUAUUACUGUUUGUUCUACUGUACUGCGGUCUAGGGAGGAGUGUCACCAAUUUAAUUUAGCAUACUGUGGUUAAGUCUUCUUAAAACGUCAAGAUCCAGUUUUCGUAUAAUAGUUUAGCCUAACUUUCACAAUCGAAAGCUUACGUGUUUUCACAAAUACUAUCCAUAUGCAUUUUCACAUAAACUAGUAUAACUUGGUAACUCUCAGCAAACAAUACAACAGCAUUACAUGAGCUCAGUGUCUACGACAACAUGGGUGUGACUUUCUUCUUGUUUGAACAGCAGGAUUAUUCUGUUGGUCCUCACAUCUGAUAACAGAAAAUAAAUGUUUAGCGAGUAGAGAAAUAUAAUAACCCUCUGUGUGCAUGGUGGUGAAGAGUCACUGUACACGGGCCCUCUCUGCCUGACCUCCCAGAGAAACAGAUGAUGCAUUACUUCAUGCUGCUUUCGCUGGGUACUCUACCCAGAGAGAGUGACGUACCCACCAAUACUCCAGUGUCCAUUUCCUAUUAUUUGACAAGGACCCAUUUCAGAUUGAAGCGAUCCAAACAGUCAGCCGCCACUUGAGAGAACCAUCUUCACGAACAGAGAACAGAGGUCGAUGGGAACUACACGGACGAGUGUCCUAGACAUGCCAUCUCCAACUGCUUCUGUGGUAACAAUGACACUAAAUUGAAAUAGACCUGUGAACAUGGAAGGCUUUAAGAUUUGUUUGUAUUUCAGAAAAAAAGGAAAAGGAAGUGACAUGCUGAAGUGUAUGUUGGUGUACAACACUUCAGUGGUGGAAUCCACAACUCUCAGAGCAGGCAUUGCCCACUGUGUACCUCACUGUUCUCAGCAGUUAGGACCUCAGCACAUCUUAGCUUUGCUAACACAUACAAUACUUCACAUGCAACAAGCUAGGUCAAUGUCCGAGUCAGGCACAUGACAUAACAUCUAUACGUGCUGAUACAAGGUAACUAGUAAAGGUCAUGGUUUGACCCCUCUACCAUCCUUCAGUGAAUGCAAGCCCAUGAUGAAAAUGAUUAUUUAUUUUGUUCAUAGAGGUUGAAGUCAGCCAUUCUGCAGGGUGUGGCUGAUUGUUAAAGCCUUGUAAAUUCCCUGAUCAACAUCAGUCCAGGUCCCCAUGUUAGCAGUAUAUUCUUAGGCCUAUUUGUUGAACAUAUGCUGUGCUUUACUGCAGGUUAGCCCUAGCGUAGCCUCCUUGUUCUUCAGCCCAUAACGUUAGUGAUACCUAGCGGUAACAUAUCUCAGAAAGCUCCAUAGCCAGCUCCAGAAACUCACCUGUCUCUUGACAGGUGUCAAACAGGCCACAGUCAAAGUCCAAGUUACAGUUGCAGUCGUUGCUAGGUAUGGCCUCCACUGAGGAGGAGUACUGUCUGUAGGAAGGGCAGCAGCAAUAGGUGGCUUCGUCACAUGAGGCUGGCAACAUGAGGAACAGAUCGUAGAACCUACAGAAGAGGCAGUCCAGGACAAUCCCUGCACAGUCAGCUGAGAGGCAGAGGGAAAAACAUGGGAGAACAUUAGGAAUGAUCAGAUUCUAGUACAACAUUACAUAGAUAAUGCUGAACCCUCUUACUUUAUAAGUUGUUACUUUUUUAUUUAAUUAAUAAGUGAAAUUAGGACAUACUAUGAAUGAAUGAACAUGUCUAUUUAAGGACAUUAUAUUCCAAAAAAUGUGACAGGAAAAUGUUAUCUCCUAAAACAAAAAUGGCAGCCUGGACAAUCCAUAACUGUGACCCAUUUAAAAGUCUGCACUGUAAUAAAUGCUUCCAACGGCCAGCCACUAUACCUUGGGAUUUGUCUUCAGGACAUAGAUUAUCUGUGCUCCUAAAAGACCUGCAUGCUGUCUGUCCUCACUUAUUGUUUAGAACAUUUUAAAAGCUUCCACGCUCUCCCUGGGCAUUCCUUUAUACAUGCAUAAUUUAGCAAAUCACCUCUCACUCCCUUACAGGGAGACAACUGAGGAAGCUGUUUGGAGACAUAAUCAAUUACCGUCAGCCUCUAUGGGUCUUUCACUAGGAAUAUUCUAAAGUUGCACCGUGGCUACUCUGAAACAAUGUGCUGUGGGUCUUCCCAGCACCCUUGGCAAAAAUGUUUGCCCCCCUGGGUGCCAUUAAACAUGAGGUCACUGGGCUAAAAUGAUGACCAUGAAGAGACAGCAAUAAUGUGGGUUGUUGCUGAGAAAUAUGUUGGGAGUUGGUCUUUAUAACUGUUAAUCAGUUAGAAUAUGGAGAUAAUGCUAUAAUAUAAAGAGCUUUGCAACACACAAGUGCAGUAUAACUAGCUAUGCAACUUAUGCCAGGCUUUUUGGAUAAGUGUCCAAAUACACUCAGUAAACAAACAAAUAAAAGGCUAACUUUCAUAAUCUAUCCCAUACACCAACAUCUCUACAACUAUGUAGUGAAACAUAAUUUUGAAUCAAUUGCUUAAUAAAUAUGUAUCUAAUCAGUGCAUUGCAAUUUUACUGAUCCAUGUUUUUAAUAAUUCAAGUACAUAUGCAAUCAAUUGUGUUGCAUUAAGUGAAAGUGUUUCCACUGCUGUGACCAGUUUUUACAUUAUAGGAUUUUCUUCUACUGUCGUUUCUGUAUCUGAAUUAUUCACACAUUUUAAUAACUUAUAAUAAAAAUGCAUUUAAACAUGCUUACAGCAGAGUAAAAUAUGAAGCUAGUAAUAGGUCGCAUUUUACAUUCUUACUAAGUAGUGGUUUACAAACAUCAACCAGUAGGUCUGUGGCUUGACCAUAGAGGAUGUGAAUUGUGUAUACAGCUUUGACUUGAGCUACUGCACAUCCUAUUGCUAAUGUCCUGACUACCUGUUUAUAGAAGACAAUUGCCAUGAAACAGAGACCAGUGUUAGGGAACUUUGUCUUUGUCACUUGGACUGUGGAGUGUAUUAGAACAUUAUAAUAGUUCAAUCAUGAGGCUGGUGUGAAUGCAGCUUGUGUGACUUACCUCCUGUGUCGGUCUGAUUAGAGGAGGUGGAGAGAGAGUCUGAUGAGGAGGAGUUCCUGCGGUACUUGUUCACAGUGAACAGAGAGGAAGUGGAGCUGUCCUUCUCCCUGGGCCGCUGA